UAUUGUAGUGAUAAGCAGGCAUUCAGGCGUUGCCAGAAGGACAGCGACGGAUGAUGAAGGGGUUAUAGAUGUGGGUGCCUAGCUCACGCAAUUCAACGCGUACAAUACCAACUAAUGGACUUCCUUGGCAGUGAGAGACUGUAUUUAUUUGAACCUCACACUCUUGUCUCAAACUCCUCCCCAUGAGAGGACUAUGCUUGCAGUAGUGCUUACCUAUGUAAGUGGGCCUUAGGCAUAAUUGUUCAGACGACGAACCGAGAUAUGGGAUGGUUUGCGAGGGGAAAUCAGCCUUUUCCUAGCAUUGACAAGGCCUUACAUAAGAUGAUGUAGAGACAAGGAUAAAACAAAUACGUUAAUCGGACUUUUUUGUUGAGCAAAUCCAAGUCCCAGGACCAGAUCCUCAAUCACAGCCGUGCUACGAACUCACCAUCAUGGCAGGCGACAACCCAAUAAACAAUUUCAAGCAAGGAGGAGGCGGCGGCGACCCCUCCGCGCCGCAGCCCCAGCGUACACCGUAUUCGGAAUACCAGCUGGACAUAUACCGCGCGCGUUUGCUGGAGGGCCGUGCGCCGCCGGCAACGACGGACCCGCGCGGCCUCGAACAGCAGGCUCGAGAACACAUGUCCCCGGAAGGAUUCGGGUACGUCGCCGGCGGGGCCGGGGCUGAGGAGACGGUAACGGCGAACCGGGUCGCAUUUGGAAACUGGCGGCUCGUGCCGCGCCUCCUCCGGCCCACGGCGCCGCGGGACCUGGGCGUCAAGCUGUUCGGGACGCGGUACGACAACCCGCUGGUCAUGGCGCCCGUCGGCGUGCAGGAGGCGUACCACGAAGACCGCGAGCUGGGCACGGCGCGUGCGUGCGCCGAGCUCGGCGUGCCCUUUUGCGUGAGCACCGCCGCAUCGUCGACCGUCGAGGAGAUCGCCGAGGCGUCGUCCGGCUCAAGCGCGGGCCUCUGGUACCAGCUGUACUGGCCGCUCGACGACGAGAUCACGGCGAGCCUGCUGGGCAGGGCGCGGCGCGCGGGCUGCAGGGUGCUGCUGGUGACGCUGGACACACACUCGAUGAGCUGGCGGCCGCGGGAUCUGGACCGCGGGUUCAUCCCGUUUGCGGUGGGCAGCGGCAACGCAAUGGGGUUUUCGGACCCCGUGUUCCGGCGCAAGUUUGCAGCUCAAGUCAACGAAGGUGGCGAGGAGGACGAGGACCUCGCAACGCCAGAGGGGAACCCGAUCGCAGCCAGCCUGGCGUGGACGGCCGAGGUCUUUAGCGGCUACGCGCACCGGUGGACGGAGCUGGCCAAGCUGCGGAGGAUGUGGGGCGAGGGGAAUCCCAUCGUGCUCAAGGGGAUUUUGAGCGUCGAGGACGCCAGGCUCGCGCUUGAAUACGGCAUGGAUGGCAUUGUUGUUUCGAACCACGGAGGGAGGCAGCUGGACGGGGCCAUAGCGGCGCUGGAUGUGCUGCCAGAGAUUGUGGACGCAGUUGGUGGGAACAUGACGGUCCUGUUCGAUUCGGGGGUGCGGUCCGGGGCCGACGUCAUUAACGCGCUUUGCUUGGGGGCUAAGGGAGUUCUGGUCGGGAGGCCCGUCAUCUACGGCCUUGGAAUAGCGGGCAAGGAGGGUGCUCAGCAUGUCCUCGCCAGCAUACUCGCCGAUCUUGAUCAGUCGAUGGGUCUUGCCGGGGUCAAUAACAUUGGCGAACUCACGCGGGACAGGUUACGGAGGGCACCAACACUGAAAUCUCUAUUCUGAAGCAAGAUGUAUCCAUGGCGGCAAGGCCCAGACCCUCUGGGCUUUGCUGGUGUUUCUUUACGAGGGCUGUGCCAGUAGUGCCACAUUUCAGGGGCUCGGUCCACUGCGAAAACUCAGGAAUGCCGCUGGGAAGUCUGGUAGAUCCGUCGUGGGAAAGAGAACAAAUGUGUGCUAUGUGUUGAUGAAUCCCUGUUACUUUGGCAUCUUAUACAUUACCCCAUUUCUCACAGACGCCACGAUCAAGAGAUAUAUGAAAGGCUUCGUGGAGUUGCCAUGUACGCAAAUCAAACUUUUUCC